AUGGACCAACUCGAUCAAAUUUGGUCACCUCAACCUAGUCAUGUCUGGCUCGGCGCCGACGUCGUCAUUCACAGUAUCUCCAAGUUUAUUAGCGGUGGAGCUGACGUCAUCGCAGGCGCUGUGUGCGGACCUGCAAAGUUGAUAAACUCAAUGAUGGACUUGCGACAGGGGAGCCUAAUGCUUUUGGGGCCAACAAUGAAUGCAAAGGUGGCGUUCGAGCUCUCGGAGAGGAUUCCGCACUUGAGCUUGAGAAUGAAGGAGCAUUGUAGAAGAGCUGCAGAGUUUGCAGAGCGGAUGAAGAAGGCAGGGUUGAAGGUCAUAUACCCAGGGCUACCAGACCACCCACAACACAAGUUAAUGAAGAGGCUUGCAAACUCGGAGUAUGGGUUCGGGGGGAUGUUGUGCUUAGACAUGGGAACUGAGGAAAGAGCCAACAGGCUCAUGAGCGUGCUCCAAAACAACACCCAAUUCGGGUUCAUGGCAGUGAGUUUAGGGUACUAUGAGACCCUUAUGUCGUGCUCGGGUAGCAGCACGAGUAGUGAGAUGAACAGGGAGGAGAAGCAACUGGCUGGGAUCUCACCCGGACUCAUAAGAAUGUCCAUUGGAUAUAUGGGUACGUUCGAGCAAAAAUGGAGCCAAUUUGAGAAGGCUCUUGCUAAAGUGCAAGAUAUGGGCCUUCCAUUUUGCAACAAUAACUAAUUUUAGUACAACAAAUGUGAGGUGUGAGAAUUUGAACAUUCAACUUUAAAAUGAGUUAUAUAUAUUUACUGCUAAACUAGGUUUAUAUUAGCAGUAAGCCUCCUCUUGUAUCCAGAGUGCCUUCUGCUUCCUUUCUCCAGUUUCAUUAGUUUAGUACUUUUGGACCGUGGACUUAGUUUCCUUUGGCCACUUAAUGUAUAAAUUUGAUUAUGAAUAUGUUCUUUUCCUUCUUCA